UGGAGGUGAGAUGAGGAAGUGCUUUGUUGCGUCUGUGAAUUUAAAAAGAAGCUUUCCUGCUCAGGGCUUUCAGAGUUUGAAGACAGCUGAUGACAAAACAGCACUCAGAGGGAGCUGCAGGUGCUUGUUUGCCAGGUAACCCAGGUGAAAAGGAAGAAGAAAACACCCCGCAGGGAGAGUAAAACCCAGCGAGAGGGUGAACGAGCAGCAGCCACAGAGAUCUCGCUCUCCUCCUGGAUAUGUUAACACACCUUCCACCUGGCUGUGAUCUCCUGAAGAUGCCCGGUGCAGGUGCGAUCUGGACUUCCUAGGUAACUUCUCCACUGCUAUGACCUACCUGGUUCACACCGCCCACGCCCAGCUCGGCGCCCUCGGGCUGGGCUGCGUGGGCUGGACGCUCACUGCCGUGGCCCUUGGACUCAUCCAGUGGAGGGUUUGGCAGGUGUCCGACAGGGAGGUCAUCAGCUCGGGGGUGGCCUGGGUGGGCUUGUGGCGGGCCUGCUUCAACAGCCACACCCUGGUGACCCCUGGCUUUAGGGUCAUGCACUGCAAGUACAUCAGCCUGACCGAGGCCUUCACGCCGCCAGAGAUCGUGGCAGGUCAGGUUCUCAUGCUGCUGUCUCUGCUCGUGGGGCUGUGUGGGAACGCUGGCAGCGUUUAUGCCUUGAGGAACGCCUACUUUGGGUUGGAGAAGUCCCCGCCGAUCCGUUUGGUGUUCUCCACCACCGGUGCGCUGUGCCUGUUGGCCGCUGUGAUGUCACUCAUACCUCUCCUGUGGAACCUGAGCUCAGUGGUGACCAAUCAGACCAUAAAGUUCCCCCCGGAGUUUAAAAUGCCCCAAGCUCCUCAUUCUCAACACAUGGGGGGCGGCAUCGGGGUCGGGCUGCUGGGGGCCGUCCUGAUGAUCGUCUCUGGGAUUAUUUUCUGUACGUACAGGUUACCAGUGCCGUCUCUGAGAGAAGAGGUGCACCUGGACUCACCUGUGCCAUCUGUGACUUUCAACCUGGGGGCUUUCACAAGCUCUGGGGGCAAAGACAACCCAGCGUUUGAGGCUCAGGAACACUUAUAAAUAUCAUCAUAUCUUUUUUUCCCUUGUGUAGUUUAUACCUUUUCUCUUGAUAUACUCUAUACCAGUGGUUCAAUAGGACUACUACCUCUGCGUUUUGUGAGAAUCCUUAAAUUGUUAAGUAAAUUGUGUAAUAGAAAAAACAUCAGAGAGAAGAAAACACUGAAUUAGUCAUCAGUUACUGAGUUCAUUAUUUGGGUUCAUUGUUAAAUAUCCAUAAAAUAUGUCACUUAUUCAGUUUACUAAAUGAUAGAAAACAGGACCUUUAAGGAAAAAGGUUGGGUUAGUAGUUUUAACCUAUUUUAACAUGGAUCUCCAGCUCACUGUUUUUAUUUAAAGGUCCUCUAAAGACACGUACUAAGACACACAUACAGAUAGUCAGCUUGGAAGAAUAAUGUGUGUGUGAUAUGUUUUUAUCUACGUUAAAAUGCUUCUACCUCAUUAAAGAUUGUUGUGGCCUGGAUGUAAUGUGAUCGUGUGGGAGAAGAGUAUCGCAUUUUGUUUCAAUGUAAGCAUAAUGAACUGCAGAUCUGCCCAAGUAUAUUUUAGAAACCUAUGUUUGGAUUGAUUUUUGAUUGUAAUCAGAUCAGCCUGAAAUUAUCUGUAAACUAGCGCCUUUAUGAAGAAUGUCCUUCCUUUGUUUAAGUAACAUUUGUUGUACUUCAGCUGUGUGCUAUCCUUCCAUACCAUCACGGUGAGUUGUAAAUUAAGAUUGAAAAUUGCAAAAACUG